UCGCUCUCUAAAUCUCUCUCUCUCUUUCUCUCUCUCUGUCUCUCUCUCUUUCUCUCUCUCUGUCUCUCUCUCUGGCCGCCGUGUGUCGCCGCUGUUUGUUAGGAAGAACGUUAUUCCUGAGCCCCCAUAGACGCAGGAGCCACGCAUUGGGCAGGGCUGAAAAACCGUUUGUCUGCUACACGGGAAAUAAAUACUGAUUAUAACCGCCUGUGCAGAUAGAAAAGGGGAUGACGUAGGGGCUCAGAACAGAGAAACAGAGAGCAGAGAUGAGUCUGACAUCCUGGUUCCUGGUGAGCAGUGGUGGCACACGCCACCGUCUGCCCCGUGAGAUGAUUUUUGUGGGCCGUGAUGACUGCGAGCUCAUGCUGCAGUCUCGUAGUGUAGACAAGCAGCACGCUGUGAUUAACUACGAGCCAGCGAGUGAUGAACACAAAGUGAAGGACUUGGGGAGCCUUAAUGGGACAUUUGUGAACGACGUCCGAAUUCAGGAGCAGAUGUAUAUCACUCUGAAGAUUGACGAUAAGCUGAGGUUUGGAUAUGAUACCAACUUGUUUACUGUGGUCCGAGGAGAGCUUCAUGUUCCAGAGGAGGCUUUAAAGCAUGAGAAAUUUACCAGUCAGCUUCAGCUGGGGAAGAAGCCAGUCUGCACAGAGUCGCCCAAAACACCCAAAUCUCCACCAGCCAAAGGUGCAGAGAGCAAAGCUGCCGUGCCCGUCGCUGAACCUCCUGCCAAAGUGGUCGAAACCUCCAAGACCGAUGAAAAAAUGACAGGUGAUGUUGCAGCACUGCACAGAGGAACUCCUUUGUAUGGCCAGCCUUCAUGGUGGGGGGACGGCGAUGCUGAUGACGAGAACUCGUUUAAACAGGAGAAUAAAGCAGCAGGGAAAAAACAGGAGACUCCUGGGACAGAUACCAAGGAGACAAAGCGGACAGACAAACCUAAGGAGAAUGGUGUGAGCGCUGCAGGCCCUGAGCCCAGCUAUUUCGAGAUCCCAAGUAAAGACGGACAAAUGGCAGAGGACAGCAUCCACGAGGUCCCAACCAAGGACACGGAGAGCAGCGCGGCAGCAGCAAAAGCCGCCCAAGCGAACACCUCCUUCACCAUUGAGUUUGACAACACCUCUCCUGGGAAGGUGACCAUUAAAGAUCAUGUGUCACGUCCAAGAUCAAAAAAAUCUCAGCCAGGGAGUAAAGAGCUCAGUAGCCUGCAGGCAGCCAUCAUGGCUUCGGAGAGCAAAGUGGCCGACUGGCUCGCACACAACAAUCCUCCCAUGGUGAGGCGUGAGUCUACAGAGGAAGACAGCAAAAGCAUUAAGAGUGAUGUGCCUGUCCAUCUCAAGAGGCUGAAAGGCAGCAAGCACGAGGACGGCACCCAAAGUGACUCAGAGAACGGACUCGGUCUGCGUUUUGGUAGCCGCCGCCACGCUGCUCUGGAGGAACGCUUGAAAGCAGCUGGACUCACACAUGCCAAAGUCACCGGGGCAGAGGGCUCGGGCUCCAGCAGCCGCACCGCCUUCACCAUUGAGUUCUUCGACGAGGAGAACCCGCGCAAACGCCGCUCCUACUCCUUUUCCCAGACUGCACCGCUGUUGGGCGGUAUGGCAGGAGAAGGACUGUGUCCUGCACCACCCUCUCAUCCGAAGGGCACAUCAUCAGCGCUGGCAACGGUGGCACCUACAGCAGCACGGCUGCUGCAGAAGAAAAGGUCAGAGGACAAGACGGCGGUCCCUGGAGAUGAGACUCAGAAGCAGGAUGACGAUCAGAGUGACAAAGGCACUUACACCAUCGAGCUGGAGAACCACAACCCUGAGGAGGAAGAGGCCCGCCGGUUGAUUGAUAAGGUGUUCGGGGUGGAGAACCUUCAGGAUCCCGGUUGCUCAGUGCAACAGCAACAAAAAACUAAGGACAGUAAAAAGGCCAGCAGCACUAAAGCUGAGAGCCUUUUGGAGGAAUCAGUUGCAGUUGGCAGUCCACACUGGGUUUCUCAGUGGGCCACAUUAGCUGCUAAUCACACAAGAACUGAUCCUGAGGGUUCUGGGGCAGAACCCACACACUUCAUUCAUCAAGAGCGAGAAGCUGAUGCAUUUGAAUCAGGUGUAUCUUUAAGGAGCACAGGCUCUGCCACCUCUAGCCAGGCUGAACGGAAGAGGAGGACACUGCCUCAGCUUCCCACGGAGGAGAAGAGCAGGCUGGGGAAGGUCUCCUCCACCACAGGACUACGCUCUGAGAUUGGCGAGAAGCAAGACACAGAACUCCAAGAAAAACAACACAAAGGAGAUGGUGAAUGUGUUUCCACUCCCAGCAAGAAGGACACUACAAGUAGAAAGACAAACCAGGUGCAGACAGCCACCACAAAGCCUCUUGUGCCUCUUCUGGGAGGGGUAGAGAAGCAGAGUGAGGAGUCUUGCAGGAGGCGUGCUGAGGACAGGAGUAAAGGGAGUGAUAGUGAGCGGAGCGGGAAGCCCCUUGUGCGUCAAGGCAGCUUUACCAUCGAUAAGCCAAGUGCCAAUGUUCCACUUGAGCUUAUCCCACGCAUCAACCAACGACAGUCUGGGGGCCGAGAGAGAAGUGACUCAGCUGGCAGCAUGGACACUGCCACCCUGCUCAAGGAUACUGAGGCUGUUAUGGCCUUUCUUGAGGCCAAACUGCGUGAUGAGAAAAAGCUGGGUCCAUCACCACCCCCUGGCUACCCUUCAGGACGCUCUUUUUCCCCAGAAUUGGAUACUGACGCAACUAAAGCAGCAGGCCGUAAUGAAGUGCCACAGAAGCGCCGUUCUCUCAGCAGUCUACACAGAGAGAAAAGCAACACAAGCUUAGCUGGAAAGAGCACAACCAAUGCACGGGAGAAACUGGAGAGAAAAGCCAAGCCCAAGACCUCAGAUGGGCGCCUGGAUUCCCGUCGCUCUGCCCAUACAAGUCAUCGGGCUCGCCAACCCUCUAUGGACCUGACAGAUGAUGAACAGACUUCCUCAUUGCCCAUUUCCGACGUACUCUCUGAUGACCAGGAGAACGGACGUAGCCCCUUCACCUUCCCCGAUGACUUGCUGCACUCCAAAAUGGACUCCUCUAAAGCUGCUAAAGCUGGUAAAUCCAGCAGGACACACCAGACCAGCCCUGCCUCUAUGGGCAAGCCUCAGUUGCCUCAGCCUCGGCCCACAAGGGCAUCUCUUCUGAGACGUGCUCGACUUGGAGACACAUCUGACACAGACCUGGCAGAUGCGGACCGGGUGUCAGUUGCAUCCGAAGUGUCCACUACCAGCUCCACAUCCAGGCCACCAUCGGGCAGGAAGGCACCAUCUCGCAUCGACAUGCUGGCACAACCCAGACGCACUAGGCUUGGGUCCAUGUCAGCGCGAAGCGACUCUGAAGCCACAGUGUCACGUAGCACUACAUCGAGGAUAUCUGCUGAGACGGCUCUGAGACUGGGCUUACGCCCAACCAACCCAGCAGACAGCAAGCUGAACCCACGCCUGCGGGCAAACAGCGUCUCCAAGCUGACUGACACCAAAACGAAGACCACAGCAUCCAUCUCCAGUGCGCCAGCAGAGCACGUUCACACAGAGAUGUCUCAACCAGAGCCGGAAGAAGACCUAGCAGACGAGGAGCCCAUGGCCAGCAGCAGAUGGCGGCGACUUAAUACAGAAUACGGCUCCACUUCCGAAGACGAGUUUGGCUCGAACAGGAACUCGCCCAAAGCCGGGCGUCUGAGGCCAGGCACUGCUUUGCGUACCAGUAGACUGAGCAGCACAGGCACGGUGACAACAAACCCCGGCAGCAUCACCAUCAAACACAGGAUGAGAGAGCAGGAGGAGUACAUCAGAGACUGGACAGCCCACAGUGAAGAGAUCGCCAGGUUAUUCCCCUGUGUGCGCAGGAUCAGUCAGGACCUGGCCAAGGAUCUGGCCAUUCUGGCACGGGAGAUCCAUGACGUGGCCGGCGAGAUCGACUCGGUCAGCUCCUCCGGCACAGCACCAAGCACCACGGUGAGCACGGCGGCCACAACGCCUGGCUCUGCCAUCGACACCAAGGAGGAGUUGGUAGAGCGAGUUUUUGAUGAAAGUUUGAACUUUCGGAAGAUCCCCCCUGUGGUGCAGACCAAGACUCCGGAGAUGAACGGCCGGCCAGUGGAGCUGAGGCCACGAGCCCCAGACAGUCUGGAUCCCCAGAAUGCACUGCGCAGACGGACAUGGAACCGAGAUGAGGUCAGACCGGCGGUGCUAGACAGCUUGCUGCUGACAUCAGUCUCUCAGCUGUCCUCCAAAAUCCGCCAAUCUGUGGACAAAACGGCAGGCAAAAUCAAGAUUUUGUUUAAGGACAAGGACAGGAACUGGGACGACAUUGAGAGCAAACUGAGCUCAGAGACUGAUUUACCACUCCUCAAAACCACUAACAAGGAAAUCUCAACAAUUCUAACUGAGCUGAAGAGGGUGGAGAAGCAGAUCCAAGCUAUAAAUAUCAUGGUAGACCCGGACGGAACCCUGGACGCGCUUACCAGUCUAGCCCUGGUGAGUCCCACUACACCCAAACCCAAGACCAGCAACGGAGCCUCCAAACCUUCCUCCACUAACUCCCCUAACCGAGAGCUCCCCAGCACUGGACUGAGCCGUCCUCAAGCCAGUGGAGGCUCGAGCGCCAUUACUAACAAAUGAAGGACAGGAACUCUGAGAAUUGAGCGAACCGGACCUCUAAUAGCUAAUUCUCUCUGACCUGAUAGACCUUUACCUGUACAUAUUGUCUGUACCACUUCCUUUCAAGCACUCCAAUGGAAUGUCCAUCUUUGUCCAAGUGAAGUUGAUGAAAGUCACACCUGUUGAUUUGGACAGUGAUAUACAGUGCAGCUACACAAGCACACACACACACACAGCUUCUGGUGAAGAAGAGGUGAAGAGCCAUUGAUCAGAGGCUUGUAAUGCUGGACUUCUUCCACAUGUCUGAUGUUAGUAUUACCUGCCUGUGCGUUGCUGCAAAUGUGUACGUUCCCUUCCAGGCAUGAAGCAAGUGGACUUUGUAAGCCAACUUCGACAAAAACGACUCCGAGUGCCUGUCUUCUCCCCUCUGUAAGCAUUCUCUCCUCAAAUAGCAACUCUUUCUUAUAAAGUGACUUUUCUUUCUGAAAUGAGAGUGUUGGUUUAAAAGACUUAACGGAAUUUUAACCGUGAAGGGAAGGUUUGUGAGAAGUGUUAAAUAUCACGAAGCUAAGCAUGAACCAGUUUGCCAAAGUAAGUCCAAUCCUGUGCAUACACUCAACAAUUAGAAAUUUCAUCCAACUGAUUUUUUAUUUCUUUUUUGAUUAAACAAAGUGCAUUUAUGCUAUUAUUAUCAGCAUAGGCCAACUCAGUGAUUUUGGUUCCUGUAAACAGAGCAGUCACUGAAUUACGCAAUCCUCAUGCACUGAUUUUUUCUUUUUUUUAGACUACCGGAUAGGUAGCAAACUUCAUACGUGGUUGAGAUUUCAAUCAUCGUUUCCUUUUCUCCCCAUGUCGGAAGGAAGAAAAAAUGCAGUAUUACACAACGUAUUAGUGAAAUGCAACAGGGUUUAUGUCACAUCUGUGAAGAUCUCUGAGCCUUAAAACAAACAGCCUUUAACGCAAGGUUCGUUCACAUUCUGAAUAUGUUACGGUCAGUCGAAAGCGUUAACGUUUUAAUCUCAGUACUAAUGUUUUCUAAUCAGAGUAUGCAAAAUACAGGGAUUCAUACAGACAGAAGUGAGAGUUGGGCAGUUUGUCAGCAUUUUCUCAAAUCUCCACAAGCUCAUUAGUCAUGAUUUGCUCAUGAAGGUAUUCCAGCAUAUGGUGUAGGUGCUGUUUUUGUCUUACUCUUCUGACACCUUGUGCUGCUCGGCUGAAUUCAGGGUCACGGGGAAAGGGUGAGGGACGAGCGUACCACGAGCGUACGCUGCCUUUCACUGUGAAUCUUCGUGUCGUAGAGAGAGAGAGAGUGACAGAGAGAGAGAGUAGUGCGACUGUCAUUAGGAACUAAAACAAAUAGUGAAAACAUUUAUUUUGUCGUCGUUGCUGUUGUUGAAAAAUGUUUUAGCCAAGUGCCCACUGUGGAAAAUCUAGUUCCUGGGCAGUUUUAGGAAAGAAAAUCAUAAUGUAGUGUACACAAGUGUCAUUUUAAGGUUCCUGGACUCCUGUAAGUUAAUGUUAUGUGUGUUAAAGGUGAAACAGGGCAUCAAACACCAAAAUCAUAUCUCUACAUCAUACUGCUCUCAUAACACCAUGUAUUUUGAGUGGGACGAUCCUUCUGCCCACUAAAACACACCUUUUCAAAUAGUAGUAUCAUUUAUAAUAUAUUGUACAUGUUUUACAUUUGACAGGGAACAGAAAACAUGCUUGGUACAGUUUUGUUGUUGUUUUGGUUUGUUUAUUUUUUUUGGUUUUAUGUUUGUUUCAGUUUACAUUCACAGCUGUAAAAUAUCUUUUUUUUUUCUUUUCAU